CGGAAAAGAACAGCGACCAAGACCAAUUUCCACGUUAGAGUUGUUGUUAUAUAUACGUUUAUUAACACCAUGGAACUCGAAAUGAACAAUUUAACUGCACAACAUCACAUACUUACAGCACUUGGUUGACAGAUGUUAUCGAUUAUCGAGGUAACGCUAGCCAGCUAGUUAGCACAUAACGUUAGCUAACAAUGGCUAACAGUAUGGUUUUUCACACUCAAAUAGCCUCCAUUAUGGAGGUGCUAGCAAAUGCAGCCGUGGCAGAGAUAUGUAAACUCGUAGAUGACGACUAUGCAGUGUUUCGUUUGGAAAUGUCUCAAAGCCAGAAAGAAAACAGGGCAUUGCGGAGGAAACUACAGCUACUAGAACUGAGGGUAACACGGGAGCGCGUCCUCACCAGUCGUCCCAGUAGUGUCAAGAUCCUCGACCGCUACAGAGGAAUGGCAAGAGGUGAAGGACAUCUCACUGGAGGCCACAGGAGUUUUGUGAAGCCAGUGGGACACAAUACAUGGAGAGAUGACCAACCAAUCACUCUUGAUGAGGGGAGUGGAACCUCAACCCAGCCCAUUAUCGUGAAAGAGACUGCAGAUGCAGAGGCUGCUGGUCCUGGGGUCAAGCUGGAGAGGUCUGAAGGAGAGGAGGACCCACAGCAAAGCAGAGACAUCCAGUCUGGACCGACUGGAGCGCGCCCUGUUGCCACAGAGGACACCGCUCCAGCGCAGUCCAGUUCCCAACGCAGCGUCACGGAGGUCUGUGGAACGCCAAACGCUGUCCUCAAGUCAGAGACGGACACUGAGACUUUAACUGUAACACACAGGCUCUUACACACAGGAUCUGACCACAGGUCAGACCCAGAGAUACUUGGGCUGGGGCCAGUGGGCUGUCCUCCUGUUCCCGGCUCAGAAUACUUACCGAUAUUUCACCAGGUCCAGAGGACGGUUCAUUCUCGUGGAGAUGGUGAGGUGUUAUACACUGGCGUUGAUGACCUGUCUUGUACUUACGCUACAGAGAUGGACCCUGGCAACGUAUCCUUGGAUUUAGAGACACAGAAUGAUUUAUCUAGAGGGGACUGGAACCGGUACAGCAGUAGUGUAUACUCUGAAGGCUGCCUAGAUAAGAAAGGAGAGGUUAUAGUCGUAGACGAAGUGACUGUGAAAGUGGAGGGCAACGCUCCUCCCACAUGGAAUGCAGAUAGUCACCUAGGAGACGGACACUCACAAGGCAGAGAUUUCUUAGAUUACAGGGAAAGCUUAGAGACAAAUCCAAACGUCGUCCACCCAUUCCGGGAUCGCGACCCAGUGUCCACGUCAAUGGGGCCUUCCGAUUCACACAGCUGCGCCCUUUUGGAUCAGGCAUUGAACUCAAAAGACAGGGCUAGAGCCCAGGCUUUGGGAGGGGGAGCAACAUCUGGCAAAAAACAAGGGGUGAAACCCUUUAGCUGUACCCAGUGUUCUAUGCGCUUCGCCCAGGCUGGCAACCUGAAGAGGCACCAGAGGGUACACACAGGGGAGAAACCCUUCAGCUGUACCCAGUGUCACAUGUGUUUCGCCCAGGCUGGUGACCUGAAGAGGCACCAGAGGGUCCACACAGGAGAGAGACCUUACAGCUGCCCCCAGUGUGAGAAGAGGUUCUCCCACCAGCACCAUCUGAAGAUGCACUUGAAGAUCCACACUGAAGCGAGGCUGUUCGCCUGUACGCCCUGCGGGAAGAGAUUUUCAGAGAAGAGCUACCUCAGGAUACACCAGCAGAAAAACCAUUCCACUCUAUAACAUAGAAAGUAACCAUUUGACUCGAUAGCUUCUGACGUUUAGAUCAAACCCUGCAUUAAAAGAUUAACUUUCAUUGUUGUCAGAAGAAAAUGUUGAUUAACAAGAGUCACAGAUUUCAGUGUUGAAUAUUCCUGGGUAGAAUAUUGCAUCCAGGCAUUGUGCCUAAAAGAAAAUUGUGUUUGUACUGUGUAGGCCAGUGGUCACCAACCUAUUCAAGAUCACUUUCAUUGAUCUAUCGCUCAGAAUUUUUUUUAAACAUUACUUAACAGUUCUGUAAGAAUGAGGUUUGUGCAGUCGGCCUAAUACAUUAUCACAGCAUACUGGCUAUAUGCCUGGCCUGCCAAUAUUGUUCUUCUCAGACCAUAUUUCAAAAGUCAAGCUUUGUUUACAAAAUAGAUCAGUUGGUGUAGCAACUUGCUAAGCAUAAAUUGAAAUAAUUUGCUUUUUUAUUUUACUGGACUGAUGGUACCUGCAUCUGAUUGUCAUGGUGCUUUCAAUACAAAUGGGAACUCGGGGAAAAAAACGAGGUCAAAUCAUGUCAGUGAUCUUCAGGUUGGAAAGUCGGAGGUCUAGAAAGAUGCCAGAGUUUCUGACUUGUAAUUCAUGACCGUUCAAAAAAACAAAAAAUCCAGUUAGAUCUCAAUUUUUUCAGAGUUCCCAGUUGUUUUGAACACAGCAUUAGUCUCAGUGGAGGGAGAGAACAGCAGAGGGUCCACUUCUCACAGUCACUGCUCUCUCCUACCUUUCCUCUGGUGAGACUGAACAGAGAGAGGGGACACCGUCUUCCACCUGAUGGCCGCAUCUGCCUCAUGCACAAAUUCAUGUUCCUAUGACCAGAGAAAGUGAAAUAUUCCUCUAAAAAUAGACACAACGAUGGACUAAUAAUAAUAAAAAAACGCAGGGCUAGCAAUACACUUGGCUACUCAUUCAUUGCAGCUGCAUCGCGAGUGGAAAUAGUAGAGAAGAGCGUUUUAUGUUUUGCAAUGGUGCAGAUGUCUUUUUUUUUUUUUACAUGAACUCACUCAUAAAAACAGCAGCUCUUUACUGUAUUCUUUGACCGUCUCUGUGGUCAUGGUUUUAAAAGUUAUUAAGUCUUACGUAGGCUAGUAUCAAACUUUACUGUGGAAGCUCUGUAGGCAGAGUGAUUUGAGCUAUCCGAUUGGCCAGUGCAGUAGGCGCACUCGAUUUAGCCACAGAUCUCUCGGUCUGCCUGGUAGGUUUGUCCUUUCAGACAAAUGAAAUGGUUCAAAAUGGGAAGACUUUGCUUAACCGGUAACAGCACCUACCGCCAACAGCACAACACAAAUAUACAAUUUUAAAGAAGGAGCGCAAGCCUUUAUCACAGCCUUUAUCGUCGGUUUUUCUACAGAAAUGUUUGGUGUGGAAUGCCUUGAAGAUUGACUGGUUGAAGAUUGACCAUUGGUGUAGGCUAUAUAGUUGUUCACAAAUGCCUAUUUUAUACAUCCAUUCACCAACUUAUUUUUUUUUUCCUAAGACACUUUUAAUGAGAAAAUGAAUGCAGUUUAUCAAGUUAAUGCAGAUUCUUAGUUGAGGUCUGUGUAUGUGUGGUUUUCACCCUAUUCUGCAUUCACCCGACAGCGCUUUAACAAAUCUAAUCAAAUCAAAGUUCACUGGUCGCAUACACAGAUUUGCAGAUGCUAUCGCAGGUACAGCCAAAUGCUUGUGU